AUGGGGCACAAGAACAACGCCGAAGAGUUCGCCAAAUAUCGUCCCAUUUACCGACCGGGUAGAGCUGCACUUACGCCACCAGACAUAAUAUACUCGGGUCGGGACGAACAUGCCGCAUUGAGACGGCAACUAUCUCAUGGGUUCUCAGACAAGUCCAUGAGAGGCCAAGAGUCACGUAUCGUGCACUUUGUCGAUCUCCUCAUCAAGCGACUACACCAGUGGAACAACAACGGCAAGACCCCCCUUCGUAUGGAUUCGUGGUACAAUUUCACCACAUUUGACAUCAUCGGUGAUUUAGCCUUUGGAGACUCUUUCGGCUGUCUUGAAAAUUCCGACUACCACGAAUGGGUCAAGUGUAUUUUUGAGUUGACCCGUCUGGGAACCUAUUUCCAGGUCGAAGACUAUUACCCUCUCCUGAAGCGUAUCGUAACGAGGAUACUCCCCAACCGGGCCCUCGAGAAGCAGAGAUUCCACGACAAGAUCAACAAAGCAAAGCUGCAAAAAAGAAUCGAAGCUGGCAGUAGGGAUGAUCUGAUAGACGGUGUCUUGAAGAAGAAGGAUGAGUGGAACAUGUCGAUUGAGCAGUUAGAGUCGAAUUCCACGCUGCUAGUUAUUGCAGGAUCCGAGACGACGGCCACCGUCCUCUCUGGUGUCACGUACCUACUCACAUCUAAUCCCCACACCCUCAAGCGCCUGACAGAGGAAGUCCGAUCGACCUUUGCCGAUGAAGACGAGAUUACUAUCGAAUCUGCCAGUAGACUCCGGUAUAUGCUAGCCUGUUUAGAUGAAGCUCUCCGAAUGUAUCCGCCUGUUGCAAUUGCGUUGCCAAGAACCACUCCAAAGGAGGGCGGCAUGGUUGCAGGAACCUUCUUGCCUAAAGGCACCGUUGUGGGCGUCCACCAUUGGGCUGUAUAUCACAUGGAAGAGCACUUCCAGGACCCCUUCAACUUCCAUCCCGAGAGAUUUUUGGGAGACGCAAGGUUCGCAAACGACAACCGAAACAUUUUUCAGCCAUUCCAUGUCGGUCCACGAAACUGUAUUGGCAGGAAUCUGGCAUAUGCUGAGAUGCGACUGAUCCUCGCUCGUGUGAUUUAUAAUUUCGACAUGAAACUUGCGUCUGAGAGUUCGGGGUGGCUGAGCCAACGAUCCUAUACGCUGUGGGAGAAGAAUCCGUUGAUGGUGUAUCUUACUCCCAGAGCUGACAAGGAGAAACCAGCCCUGUGGAGGGAAGCAGCAGCAUCUACCGGAGCAUGA